AUGUCUGGGGAUGUACUAAGUCCACGUUCCGAUGCUACUUUGGCAAAGGAAGCAGGACUUGGUACGUCUUGUUUCAUGCAGGUCUUGAUAUAUCUACCAGAGCGCUUUGUAAAUAGCCUUUUGUUCCGCCAGUCCUCGCAUCCCAGUCGACCGGGCAGGUUAGGUCUCCUUUCCUGGGGCCUGCAGAAAGCGCUUCAGUUUAGAAAGACUAUACAGCGAAUUAAACCACUUGACUCUAGGGCUACCCGACAUUUUUCACAGGCUGAGCACAAAGUGCGACGUGACCUUAAUCGCCGCAGGGUCCGUCAUGUACGCGAGGCACGACGAUUGCAUCAAAUGUCUGAGCCUUCAGUCAGCAGCAAUUUAUCCGGCCCGAACUCGUCAUCUCCAUUCUCCCUGGUUCCCGACCUACCUGUUCAUGACUAUUCACAAGCUCCUAAAGCUUCUUCUACCGUCGAAAAUAACAUGGAGAAACCAGUAUCAUCGGCGCGGUUCAGACGUAAAGCAAGAAAAUCUGCCUUUCCUUUUGCCCAGUAUCUGCUCCGAGAACAACAGGAAUUACAAACUCUCGAAGAGCGAAAUCUCCUUCUUUCCAAGUAUUCUACGGAGGUCGUCCCCAAAGACAUGUUUGAUUCCCCUAUUCGUUUGCAGAGACCAUGCCUUCCGUCAUCCAGCCAAGACAUCCUCUCUCUUAUAUUCUAUUCAUCUAAUGGCUGUUGUUCACCAUACCGCUCUUUGCUGCUCUCUACACUAGAAAUCCUCUUAGAGAUUUCUCUUGGUUGGUCUGCGUCCAAUAAAUCUGGCCUCCCAAAUGAUGUCUCCACUACUAAUGCCUCUUUGCCUAAUAAUUAUAAAAAUAUCAGUAAUGCUUUUGUACAGUCUAUCACAACAUCAUUACCUGUAGUGCACACAUUUAAUGAGGUAGAUGAACAGCCCAAGCCUCAGGAUGAUACGGUCUUUUGGUUAUCUUGUCGCUUGCUCUGCGCUUUUAUGCCAUAUUUAUCAACCAUGGAAUUGAUUCACUUGCUUCGUGGGUCUACUAACGCGCUCCCUGAUAGUCGAUCAAGUGAGAAUUCGGAUGAAGUAGUCGCUGGCUCGCCUUUAUACAUACUAUUUGCUCGGCUUUCUGGGCUUUCUGGGCUUUCUGACCCUUCAGUUGAAUUAGGAAUCAACGGGUUCUUAAAUUAUCCCACUGAUAUGAAUAACCCGUCAGAUCGCCAGACUGCAGACUAUGAAGCUGUUACUUAUGGAUUAAAUUGUUUAUUUGCCGGGUUGAUGAGCCACUUUGGGACUGAUGAUCAUCAAUUUGCCGACGAGCUGGCAAGGCAUUCAGUUAAAAACGACCUUCCAAUGGGUUUUGCUAACGAAGUUGCUUAUGAAAACAGAGACGAAGCUGAAAUUGCCUCUCCCACGAAAUGUCCUUUUUCUUCCCCAGUACCUUCAGUCUCAUCGAAAUAUGAUAAAGCAGCGUGCACGUAA